AUGGAGAGGACUGCCAUAGAGAUCACCGGUGGCACGACGGAGUGGACGAGCAGGCUGAGCCUGAAGAAGGCGAUGGAGAGGUAUGGCGAGGUGAUGGGUUGUCACAUGGGGCAGCGUGGCGUGGACAAGCCUGUCGUGCGUUAUGUCACCGGCGAAGUGGCUCAGGCUGCGCAUGAAGCACUGAGGAAGGGGGAAAUCGUGCUGGAUGGCAUGAUCCUACAGGGCGACUGGAAGCCAGACCGACCAAGGCCCGCAGCUGAACCCACGAAGCCGCGGGAGAGCGUCAUGGAGAUGACGAGCCGUGAUUUUCUAACAGGCAUGAAAGCACGGGGUGACCGCAGUCGGAGCCGGGACCGCCGGCGUCGAAGCAGAAGCCGUGAUCGCCGCCGUCGGUGA